AUGUCUACAAACUGGAACUCCGGACUCUUAAGCUGUUGCGAUGAUUUGGCUUCAUGCUGUUAUGGCUUCUGGUGCUGCCCCUGCCUAGCCUGCACCGUUGCAGGAGAUUUUAAAGAAAGCUACUGCCUUCCUUUGUGUGACAUUUUCAGCCCUGCAGUGUUUGCGGCCUGUGGGAUCCCGUUGUGUGUGCCUCCUGCAGGCCUGUCUCUGAGAGUCGCCAUUCGACAUAAAUAUGGUAUAAAGGGUUCUCUCUGUAAGGACAUAGCCACCUCCUGCAUCUGUGUGUGGUGCAACUGGUGCCAAAUGCACCGAGAGUUAAGGUAUCAGUCCGGCCAUGGACCCGUCACCAUGCAGCCUAGAUAAA